UAGGAGGGAAGACCAUCAUAGUUCGGGCACGCCCACGAGACUACCCAUCUGGCCUUUUACCUCUUGUCUGGUUGGCCUACCCUCAAAAAUUGAACUCAAACCGGUGGGAGCAAAUCCCUGGUGACUGGAGACAAAUUAGGAGUAACCGAUUUCGAGUCCUCCGAAUAUCCAACUGUUAUCUACUCUCUCUCUCUCUCUCUUUUCUAGAUUACAGCCCAACAAUGGCCUGGAUCUGAUUAACAAAUUCCCCGCACUUGGUCGUCAAUCACGAUCUCCGUAAGUCACCAUCUCCUCUGUUCCCCCCAACACACACACCUACACAUCUCAAAAAUCACAUGUCUCACUUGAAGAAUUUCCAUUUAUCUGCAGGGCAUAUCGGCACGACCUAGAAGAGGCGCAAUGCGGGUCCAAACCUGACCCGUUUUUUCGAACCCAGAGAUUCAAUUGCGAGGAUUUGGAAUAGGUUCGGCCAUGGUGUUCUGGGAGGGUUACGCGAGUGAUGAAGCCAUGGGGACGUUCGCCCCAAUUGUGGUGUACUGGCUGUACGCGGGGUUUUAUCAGGUGUUGCCGCCGCUAGACAACUACCGUCUGCACACCAGGAAGGAGGAAGAAGAGAGGAACUUGGUGCCGUUGCGGUCCGUCGUCAAGGGUGUUUUACUACAGCAGCUUGUUCAGGCCACCGUUGCUCAUGGGCUCUUCUUGGUAACCUCACAGGCAAGUUCUUCUGGAGUUACACUUCAGCCCACUCUUCCAGUCCAAAUUCUGCAGAUUGCCAUAGCUAUGCUGGUCAUGGACACCUGGCAGUAUUUCGUGCACCGAUACAUGCACCAGAACAAAUUCUUGUACCGUCACAUCCACUCCCAACACCAUAAAUUGGUUGUCCCUUACGCAAUCGGGGCCCUCUACAAUCACCCGCUUGAGGGUCUUCUCCUCGACACGUUUGGUGGGGCCAUCUCCUUCCUCGUCUCUGGAAUGACCGCACGGACAGCUGUGAUUUUCUUCUGCUUUGCGGUGAUCAAAACCGUUGAUGACCACUGCGGACUAUGGUUGCCUGGUAAUAUCUUCCAUCUCUUUUUCCAGAACAACACUGCUUAUCAUGACAUCCAUCAUCAACUCCAGGGCACAAAGUACAACUACUCUCAGCCUUUCUUUCCAAUUUGGGAUAAACUUCUUGGAACCCACAUGCCUUAUAGGCUUGUAAAGCGUGCCGAAGGGGGUUUCGAGGCUAGAGUAGUGAAAGACUAGUUGUGCUCCUACCAUUAGUCCUUGUAUUAUUUCCUUGCGUCAUUUUAGGUUUUUGGUGGAGGUUGUGCCACUCGGGAGAAAUUGUCCUAGUUUAUCCUUUCAAGGGGCUAGAGUUUGCCACUAUUAUUCAGUGUUCAUUCCUUUUUGCUGUUGGGUGAGUAUUGUUUUUCUUUGUUUGGAAUGUAACUUUGCCAGCUGAUGUGUUGUGCAGUAUACGGUCUCAUUAUUGUGAUCAUUUGAAUUUUGAGUUCCUAAGAAGUGCUAAAGAUAAUACCAUGUCCAAUAGGACCUUGUAUC